AUGUUGUCACCCAACCUGGAGUAUGUUAAGUCACCCAGCCUGGAGUAUCUAAAGUCACCCAGCCUGGAGUAUGUUAAGUCACCCAGCCUGGAGUAUGUUAAGUCACCCAGCCUGGAGUAUGUAAAGUCACCCAGCCUGGAGUAUGUUAAGUCACCCAGCCUGGAGUAUGUUAAGUCACCCAGCCUGGAGUAUAUUAAAUCACCCAGCAUGGACUCUGAUAAGUCACCUAUCAUGGACUCUGAUAACUCACAUAUCAUGGACUCUGAUAAGUCACCCCGCCUGGACUCUGUUAAGUCACCCCGCCUGGACUCUGAUAAGUCACCCCACCUGGACUCUGAUAAGUCACCUAGCCUGGACUCUGGUAAGUCACCUAGCCUGGACUCUGGUAAGUCACCUAGCCUGGACUCUGAUAACUCACAUAACCUGGACUCUGAUACUUCACCCUGCAUGGACUCUGAUAAGUCACCCCGCCUGGACUCUGAUAAGUCACCCCGCCUGGACUCUGAUAAGUCACCCCACCUGGACUCUGAUAAGUCACCUAGCCUGGACUCUGAUAAAUCACCCCGCCUGGACUCUGAUAAGUCACAUAGCCUGGACAAUGAUAAGUCACCCCGCCUGGACUCUGGUAAGUCACCCCGCCUGGACUCUGAUAAGUCACCCUGCAUGGACUCUGAUAAGUCACCCCGCCUGGACUCUGGUAAGUCACCUAGCCUGGACUCUGGUAAGUCACCUAGCAUGGACUCUGAUAAGUCACCCCGCCUGGACUCUGUUAAGUCACCCCGCCUGGACUCUGAUAAGUCACCCUGCAUGGACUCUGGUAUGUCACCCCGCCUGGACUCUGAUAAGUCACCUAGCAUGGACUCUGGUAAGUCACCUAGCCUGGACUCUGGUAAGUCACCCCGCCUGGACUCUGACAAGUCACCUAGCCUGGACUCUGAUAAGUCACCCCGCCUGGACUCUGAUAAGUCACCCUGCAUGGACUCUGAUAAGUCACCCCGCCUUGACUCUGGUAAGUCACCUAGCCUGGACUCUGGUAAGUCACCUAGCAUGGACUCUGAUAAGUCACCCCGCCUGGACUCUGUUAAGUCACCCCGCCUGGACUCUGAUAAGUCACCCUGCAUGGACUCUGGUAUGUCACCCCGCCUGGACUCUGAUAAGUCACCUAGCAUGGACUCUGGUAAGUCACCUAGCCUGGACUCUGGUAAGUCACCCCGCCUGGACUCUGACAAGUCACCUAGCCUGGACUCUGAUAAAUCACCCCGCCUGGACUCUGAUAACCUGGACUCUGAUAAGUCACACCGCCUGGACUCUGGUAAGUCACCCCGCCUGGACUCUGGUAAGUCACCCCGCCUGGACUCUGAUAAGUCACCCUGCAUGGACUCUGAUAAGUCACCUAGCCUGGACUCUGAUAAGUCACCCCGCCUGGUCUCAGGUAAGUCACCCUGCAUGGACUCUGAUAAGUCACCCCGCCUGGACUCUGAUAAGUCACCCUGCAUGGACUCUGGUAAGUCACCCCGCCUGGACUCUGAUAAGUCACCCUGCCUGGACUCUGGUAAGUCACCCCGCCUGGACUCUGGUAAGUCACCCCGCCUGGACUCUGAUAAGUCACCCUGCCUGGACUCUGGUAAGUCACCCCGCCUGGACUCUGAUAAUCACCCCCGCCUGGACUCUAUUAAGUCACCCCGCCUGGACUCUGGUAAGUCACCCCACCUGGACUCUGGUAAGUCACCUAGCCUGGACUCUGGUAAGUCACCUAGCCUGGACUCUGGUAAGUCACCCCGCCUGGACUCUGAUAAGUCACCUAGCCUGGACUCUGUUAAGUCACCCCGCCUGGACUCUGACAAGUCACCUAGCCUGGACUCUGUUAAGUCACCCCGCCUGGACUCUGUUAAGUCACCCCGCCUGGACUCUGAUAAGUCACCCUGCAUGGACUCUGGUAAGUCACCCUGCCUGGACUCUGAUAAGUCACACUGCCUGGACUCUGGUAAGUCACCCCGCCUGGACUCUGAUAAGUCACCCCGCCUGGACUCUGAUAAGUCACACCGCCUGGACUCUGAUAAGUCACCCCUGCCUGGACUCUGGACUCUGUCACCCCGCCUGGACUCUGAUAAGUCACCCAGCCUGGACUCUGGUAAGUCACCCCGCCUGGACUCUGAUAAGUCACCCCGCCUGGACUCUAGUAAGUCACCCUGCCUGGUCUCUGAUAAGUCACCCCACCUGGUCUCUGAUAACUCACCUAGCCUGGACUCUGAUAAGUCACCUAGCCUGGACUCUGAUAACUCACCUAGCCUGGACUCUGCCGCAGAAACCCUGAGGGUCAAGAGCUGGAGUGGUGAGGCUGCUGGGGUCCUGUUCCCAAGGCUCUGUGUAGCGCUGUGCCUGAGCGUCCGCACAGAGACCAGCAGACACAGAUUAAUUGUCUAA